UUCUUUUCCUUCCGUCAUACACAUGCAUUUUGUUAUUUAACUAAAGAACUGUGCUGCUGUGCAGAAUGCCAUCCACAAGAUAUGAAGUGUAACUUGUAAAAUUCUAUUUUUGCCGCUGUCAUUCAUUCACCUCCUCCCCAUAUCGCAGCUUAAGGAUUCUGCUUGCCCACAUUCUCAGAAUGCACAGCUGACAUUACAAUGUAAACCCUGUACAUAUUUCAUACACACUUUGGAUAUAUGUACUUGCCACAGAGACUUAAUUUAGCAGAACAUACUGUACAUUGAAGAGAAAACAUUUUUAAGUUAUGGGCAUCCAAAUACCCGCAGUGACUUGGAAAUGGCAAGUAGUCAUUUUAUUUCUUUACUGUAACCAGAAUAGGGCCUCUGGGAACCUUCAGUAUUCAGUGGUGGAGGAAGCGGAACUAGGGACGUUAGUUGGUAAUGUAACAGAAGACUUGGGCGUACAGAUAGCAGUUAUGUCUAAACGCAGGAUACAAUUAAGACCCUCGGGAAGUGGUCAGUAUUUUGCAGUGGAUCAGCAAAGUGGUGCAUUAACUGUAAAUAGGACAAUAGACAGGGAAAGUGUGUGUGGAUCUCACUUACAAUGUUUAUUAAUAGCAGAGGUUGUUCUAGAAAAUCCAUUAGAGUUGCAUCGUUUGCAAGUUGAGGUUUUAGAUAUAAAUGACAACUCUCCCACGUUUAUAACCACAGAGCAGGUAUUACAAAUAACUGAGUUACUGGCAUAUCCAGGUGCUAGGUUUCCUCUAGAAGAAGCAUUGGAUCCAGACUCAGGCAUUAAUGGGGUGAGGGACUAUAGUUUGAGUAGACAUCAGUAUUUUUCGCUGUCCUUAAGAAGCCAGGCGGAUGGCACGCCAAUCCCAGAACUGGUAAUAGAGAAGACAUUAGACAGAGAAGAAACAGCAGAACAUCAUCUUAUUGUCACCGCUUUUGAUGGUGGCAGUCCACCGAGAUCUGGGACAUCACAGAUAAUGGUUAUUAUUCUGGAUUUCAAUGACAAUGCUCCUGUAUUUGACCAGAGUUUUUAUAAGAUUAACAUACUGGAAAAUAUCCCCCCAAACACUGCAGUGGUCCAACUUAAUGCAACUGACCUGGAUGAGGGUCCAAAUGCUGAAGUAGAAUAUUUUUUUGAUAGUCGGACACCGGUAACGGUCAGACAGUUGUUCUCUCUUAAUCCAGAUACAGGCAUCAUUAGCACAAACCAAACGUUAGAUUUUGAAAGUUGUAACUAUUACGAGUUCACAGUCAGAGCAAAAGAUAAAGGAACGCCACAAAUGGAAGGCAGCUGCACUGUCCAGAUAGGGAUUGAGGAUGUCAACGACCACUUGCCAGAAAUUCUGCUGACCUCCUUGUUGGGUCAGAUUCCAGAGGAUACAACGGUUGGAACGACUAUUGGACUUCUUUCUGUCAUAGACAAGGACUCAGGGAAAAACGGACAAGUAGAGCUGGCCGUGUCACCUCAGGUACCCUUUGAAGUCAAGUCAUUUAAGGAUCACUAUGCUCUAAUAAUAAACAGUCCUCUGGAUAGAGAAGAGAUCCCACGAUAUGAAAUCACUUUGACCGCCAAGGAUAUGGGUUCCCCAUUCCUGUCCACGCAGACAACAUUUGUGGUUAACAUUUCCGAUGUUAAUGAUAAUCCACCAUUGUUCUUAAAUCAAGAUAUGAGCACCUUCAUCCAAGAAAAUAAAAGACCUGGACACUUGCUUUAUACACUAUCAGCUUUUGAUCCAGAUGAUGGGAGCAAUGCCAAAUUCACCUUUUCCUUAGCCGAUAGCCAACAUUUCAACGUUUCCUCAUUUGUCUCCAUAAACCCAAAGAGUGGUGAUAUUUAUGCCAUAUGUUCGUUUGACUAUGAGCAAGUCCAGGUUUUAGAAAUCAUUGCUCAAGUGGAGGAUUCUGGAGAUCCGAAGCUGUUCUCCAAUGUCUCCGUCUUUGUUUUCAUCUUGGAUAUAAAUGAUAACCCGCCAAAUGUAUUGUAUCCAAAGUACCCUGGAGAGCUCAGCUCUCAUGUGAACAUAUCCAGGUCUGUGCCAGUGGGAUGUCUGGUAACUAAAGUGUCUGCGGUGGACUCAGAUGCAGGGCAAAAUGCUUUGCUGUCAUAUAACCUUAUGGAACUUACCGAUCAUUUUCCUUUUAAUAUAUCGACUCAUUCGGGAGAAAUAAGAACUGUUAGGAACUUCCUGGCAACUGACCAAUCACUGCAGAAACUUGUUUUGGUGAUUAGCGACAACGGUCAUCCAUCUUUAUCAGUAACGACGACGAUACGUGUUGCGUUGGAAAAACACGCAACCAAUGUGCCCCCAACGUUCUACCAUUUUUCUUCCACACAUGGGGUCGACAUAACAAUGUACCUGGUCAUUUCGUUGGUCAUUAUUACCGUGGCAUCUCUUGUUACUUGCGUCCUGUUGCUGGUAAAGUGUUUUAGAAAAGAAGCAAACGUGUGCCACUAUCCUUGCUGGUUUUUAAAUCGGCCAAACUCCGACCACUGCCCCGAGACACGUCAACCAACACUUCAUAUUAAUACAGAUGGCACACUGAAGUAUAUGGAUGUUAGGAUGGAUCCUUCCUAUUCAGAAAGUGAUUGCUACAGGACGUAUUUUUCCCAAGCAGCAGAUAACAUCGGUCUCCCAAUUCUGAAGCCUUUAACGCCCAUGACAGUGCAAGAAAUGGUCACCAUCACAGAAUCUUUAGGCAUUGAUAACUCAAGAGAACCCAUUCAGCAGGCACAACCUAACACAGACUGGCGUUUCUCCCAGGCUCAGGCUCAAAGACCCGGACCCAGUGGAGCACAGCAACCCACAGAAGAAGCUGGAGUGUGGCCAAACAACCAGUUUGAAACAGAGAGACUCCAGGCGAUGAUCCUGGCAUCAGCAAAUGAAGCCGCUGAAGGAGGUGCAGCCAUCGGAGCAGGAACCGGUACAAUGGGUCUUAGCGCCCGCUACGGUCCACAGUUCACACUGCAACAUGUCCCCGACUACAGACAAAACAUCUACAUUCCCGGAACGACAUCAACACUCACCAACGCCGCCGGGAAACGUGACGGAAAAGGACCUUCAGGAAACAAGAAGAAAUCUGGCAAAAAAGAGAAGAAAUAAAGACGAAUAGUGGCAUGCCAGUGACACCGACAGGGCAGAUUUCUGUGCGAACACCCCCCUCCCCUCCCCCAGCCCAAAUUCCAGAGAGAUCUUGAAUGUCUUAAUUGCGGUGAGAAAGGAAGCAAUGAUUGGAUUUAGUUGUAUCAUCAGGGCUAGUGGUAAGGUCCCCUGUGCUAUUAGAACUUAUCAUGAAGAUACUAGUCUGGACACUGGAUCUCCGUGCCCUAUUGAAAUGAGCCAAUGUUUUUUUGGGGUUGACUUGUUACUAUAUUUUGCAAGGUCAUUUCUUAGCCAACGAUGUACUCUUUAUACAUACAGUUUGGGUCCAGCCUCGCUGGUAGUGUUCCUCUGGCUUGCGGAACCUCUUCCAAUGUACAUAUGUAUUACUAGAUAAUUAUUUAUAAUUUAUCAUCAUCAGAGAACUUAUGAAAUGUUAUCCCACAUUGCAAACACUUUUGACCGCAGUUGCUUUUCCUUGUAUUUUGAAACAAAACAAAAGUUCAUGUUUGAUUUUAAAAUCUAGAAUGAAUUCCAGUUAUCUUGGGAGAAGAUGAGGAGAGUCCAGUGAAAAUGUUAACAGUCGGGAGGAGCGUUAUAAACGUUGAUUCAUAGAAACUGCGCCAUUUGGGAUCAUUGUUAUUUUAAUAAUCACUUUCAAUCGCCAUUUCUACAGGAAUUAUUUUAUUCCCCUUGCAUGCUUGUAUCCAGCAUGGAAUUUUACAUUCUUUAUAUGGAAUGAAGAACACGUGAGCCUGUAGAAAGGCAGGCCAGACACUUAGAGGAUAAGAAGUAAGUACUUAUAACAAGGAUUAUGGGGUAUGGAGAAUACAUGUAGGGGUCGGAUAAGAUGAAGAGGUUUUUGCUGUACUUUAGUAAACUGUUGAUUUGAUGUCAAACUAAAGCCUUCAGGAUGGAGUCACCAUGGAUCUGCUGAAAUAUGACAAAGGGCCUGAUUGAGAUGCACUGAAGGUUACCGCUGGGGGGCAUAGAUCGGAAUUGCAUGGAGAUCCAUGCAGAUUUGAUAGGUGUUCCUGGGCGGAGACUUCCAUCAAUGGGCGUGUUGGCGUCAGGCAAUGUACCAUCUAUGUAUGGCGGCCAUGUACCAUGAGGUUGCUGUUAUAUCCUGUGGCACAGCCGAUGUCCACACAAUGGUGCGACUAUUUGCGCACCAAAGCGGAUUACAGACACAGCCAGGGAGCAUCUCCGUAGGCAGUACAUUGGCUGCGGCUUUAGCAUCGUUACACAAUAGCAGCUGCGACAAGAUUUGCAGCAGCUAUGGCGUUAGGGUCCACCCCUUAAUCUGGUCCAAUGACUCUGUCGCAUAAUUCAGAGAUCUAUGAAACAAUCAACUAUUCCAAAUAGGUUAUACUAAGUAAACCAAAAUCACAAUCGCAACAAAAGUGUUCGGUUGCAAUAAACAAAACAGCUGUCGGAUGACAAUAACCUGAGGCGUGGCUGAUAUCCAAAUCAGUUGACAGGUGAUUUAAUGUCUUAAAAAAAGUGUAUACAGUAGAUAUUUAUGACAAAAGCAAAGUGAGUGAAAAAAACAAAAGGUUCAUGUUAUAAUUUGUACCCAAAUACUCAUUUCAUGUUUAUUUGUUGUUGACUUAUUGUUCUGUUAUUACAUAUUUUUUCAUGUGAUGUAAGGUAGCUGCUAAAGUCAGUAGAACACAUUCUUAGGUUAUUUUAUAUAUUUCUCAUCAUACCACGUACAGCUCUGAGUCUCUCUGUGCUCACUGAUGCAAAACUAGAGGGAACCAAUGAAAUACUUUAAACAAUAAUCAUCACAAAUAUGGCUGACAAUAAUUUUUUAUAUGCAAUAUUGCUUGCGUUACGGUUUUUGGAAUUUUUUAGGCAUAUAAUCAUUUCUGAUUCCUUGAGCAGUAAAGUGUCGUGUCCUUCAGCUUACUGCUUGGCAAUGAGACAGAACCGAAUUGCUUACAUGAAUAUAAUAUGAAGCAUUGUAUACUAACCUUCACGUUCUAUGCCAAUGUAUUUUAUGACUUCAGGUUGAAGUACCAAAUGCAGCAGUCUUCACCCUUUACAUGGGUCCUACACAAUAAAUGUACACAACGUGUAACACUAUUGAAUAGGGCAGUCACACAAGUAAUUUAGCGGUAGGUGACUUUUUUUCUUUCUUUUUUUUAGAUAUUUUAAUUUACUUUUUAACUCAAUUUUCAAUGUAGUAUAGCUGGUAUUGUAAUAUAGUAAUUUAGUAAUAAUGUGAUCCUUUCAUGCCUUUACCUAACUUGUGGGCUGCAGUAUUUUAAUUCCUCCUGUAUCUUUCUAUGUGGUUUGUGAAAUGAAUGUACAUUCAACUUAAUGCAUCUGUCCUUUGUGUCUGAACUGUGCUUAACUACUAUAAAUAUUCUUUCACCCUCCCUAUGCCCGUAUAGACUAAUGUCAAUGUAUUACACUCAAGUUUUAUACAAUAAUAUUUAUAUUCCUUUUUCUUUCAUUGGAAAAAAAAACAUAAAAAAAAAUAAAA